ACCAAGUCGAAUUGGUCUUCCGAAAACCGACAUCUCUAGUGAAGAAUGAAUCCGAAAGAGCAAAGCAGUUAUCUGUACGAGCAGUAUGAUGAUGCUCUUGGAGAGCAAUUGAAGCCAAUCACUUCACAAUAUGUGCUUCAAGAUUUGAACAAGAAUUCUUCAAAACAAAAAGCCCAAGUUGUGCAGAAAGUCGAUUCGGAAUAUGUUCUCCGUGAUCUUCGCAAUCAAGCUGAUCAGAAUCAAAACUUUUCAAGAGACGCUCCGAACCGCCCGUUUCUCACUGGAACUCCGGUCAACGCCAAGGAGAUUCGCUCUCAAAUCGAAUCAUUGGACAAUGCAAUCGUCAUUCCACAAAUUAUCAAUGGAAAGGUGUUCUUCACAACUCAUGGAGACGCAGAUGCUCGUACUGCUGUUGAAGGAAGCGUUUCGAAUCCGAAUUUGAAUGAGACCAAUGUGGGAGCUUCAAAGCCAGAGGGAGUUGAUCUCAGUAAAAUGAAGUUCACUUUUGCCCAGCUGGUUGCUCUUCUUGGACCUUCCACUUGUCAGCGUCUUGAGAGAGAGUUUGUCAAGAAAAACCGCCUUUCUGAUGCCGAAAUGUCGCAACUUCGUACAGCUCGUGAAUCUAUUUCCGAGCUCAAUCUUGCUACCGGACGCUCCACCGACACUCUCCGUACCGCCCAAAGCGUCGAGCCGAAUCUUUUGAGCAUUCGCACUGCCAACUCACUUGAGCCAAACCUUUUGAGCGUUUACUCGGCCCGUAGUCCUGGAGUUUUUACUAAGAAGGAAGGAAUGCUGACUGCUCAAUCUCCUGAGCCAAAUCUUCUGAGUGUUCGCACAGCCAACUCGUUGGAGCCGAAUCUUUUGAGCGUGAAACCGGCAAAGGAAUUGACAACAAUCAGUAACUUGAAAGCUCAGUCUCCAGGACUGCUGACUGCUCAAAGCGCUGAACCAAACCUUCUGUCAACCCGUACCGCCCGUUCCUCAUCUAACACUUCUCUUAUUGACACUGAAUCGAAGGAUGUUCAGACUUGCAUUGAGAUCCAAUCCCCAACAACUGGAGUAUUGACGGCUCAAAGUAUUGCAACUCCAUCCGGAAGUUGUCAAUCUGUGUUUACUGCUAAGGAAAUUGAAUCGAUUCGUUCGUCGCAGGAUGUUCUCACUGCUGUCGAGAUUUUGACGGAUAUGAGCAGAUCGUCUCAGGAUGUUCGUACCGCUCUCGAGAUUUCCGACAACUCUGGAACUCAAAUGUCAAUCUAACUUGUAAUUCAUCGAGCACCAAGAAAACUAUUGAAUAAAAUGUUUGUGAUUGU